CACUGGAAAUGUCGCCCUUUACCCAUCCCCAUAUAACACAUAGACACUCACAGACACAUGCCAGUUGAUCACAGACUCCCUACACAUGGUCAGAGACCAGAAAGUGCAUUUAGAGAAACGCACACAGACACACUCAAAAACAGCCUGAGGGCAUUCAGGAUAACCAUGCCCGCCUUCAUCGCCCUCAUCUUCCUCACGUGCCUGUGUGGUACGGCACAGUCUGCACUUCCAGAUGAGACUGACGUGGAUGGAGGAAGAGACUUGGACAUCUUUGACAUUAACUCAGAGGCAGGUCUGGAGCUGGUGGAGGGGGAUAUAGACAUGAAUGAGGAUGAACUGAAAAAUUCAAUUAUUGGAGAACAGUACCGCUGGCCAAUGCCUGUCCCAUAUGUCCUGGAGGACAGCCUGGAAAUAAAUGCCAAAGGAGUUAUCUUGAAGGCUUUUGAGCAGUACAGACUGAAGACCUGCAUUGACUUCAAGCCGUGGACUGACGAGAAGAACUAUAUUGGUGUGUUUAAGGGCUCUGGGUGUUUCUCCUCUGUUGGAAAUCGGAGGGAAGGAAAGCAGCGGCUCUCCAUCGGCAGUAACUGUGAUCGCCUGGGGACAGUUGAGCACGAGUUCCUACACGCCUUGGGCUUCUGGCAUGAGCAGUCACGCUCCGACCGAGACGACUAUGUCAACAUCGUGUGGAACGAGAUCACUCCCGGUAAGGAGCACAACUUUAACAAAUACGAUGACACCGUCUCAAGCACCCUGGGCGUUCCAUAUGACUACGGCUCUGUGAUGCACUACAGCAAGACGUCCUUCAACAUGGGAGAAUUGCCCACCAUUGUCACCAAUAUACCAGCAUUCCUGGAUGUGAUUGGACAGCGCAUGGGAUUUAGUGACAGUGACCUGCUGAAGCUCAACAGGCUCUACAAUUGCUCUUCCUCCUCCACGUUCCUGGACUUGUGUAGCUUUGAGGAGGCCAGUGUGUGUGGGAUGAUCCAGGGUCCCGGGGAGAAGAGGGACUGGAAGCGUGUGCCGAAGGCUGCCGGAGGUCCAGAGACAGACUACACUACCAUGGGCCGCUGUGAAGGAGCUGGCUAUUUCAUGCAUUUCGAUGGAAGUCCUGGGGACACAGCAUUUUUAGAGAGCCGUCUGCUGUAUCCCCACCGAGACUCCCAAUGCCUGCAGUUCUAUCUGUACCAGAGUGGUGCCUCUGAGGACCAGCUCAGGGUGCACAUACGCGAGUUUGAGGAGGGAGACACCACAGGCACCCUCAGACUCAUUGAGACCCUCAGUGGUGGUGUGAAGGACUCCUGGGAGCUGUAUCAUGUGACCCUAAAGGCCUCUAGAAAGUUCCGGGUUGUUUUUGAAGGGGUUAAAGGCAACGGAGGAUCUGUUGGUGGGCUUUCUUUGGAUGACAUCAACCUCUCAGAGACUCAGUGCCCCCACCACACCUGGCGCAUUCGCAACUUCACACACCUGCUGGCCACCACGGCUCCUGGAGUCAAACACUACAGCCCACGCUUCGUCUCCCGAGAGGGCUACACCUUUCAGGUGGGGCUGUACAUCAACGGCAGGACCAGCCCCGGUAACAUGGCCAUCUACCUCCACCUCACCUCAGGUCCCCACGACGACAAGCUCAAGUGGCCAUGUCCGUGGCGACAGGUUACCAUGGCGCUGAUGGAUCAGAACCCAGACAUUCGUCAAAGAAUGAACAACUAUAGGAUGGUCACGACCGACCCCAACCGAAGCGAACCAAAUCCUGACGGAGGUGUGGAGUACUACUGGGACGACCCGAGAAAGGUGGGCAGCUUGGUGAACGCCUCAGAUGGAACCCAGUUCUACCGCGGGCCUGGAAGUGGAACCAGUGCAUUCCUCACUCACGGUCGCCUCAAGAGCCGAUCCUUCAUCAAAGCCGAUGACGCCAUCUUCCUCCUCUCUCUUGACGAUCUGUCCUCUCUUGUUCCUCCCAAGACCCACUCCUGUGGCGACAGCUGCCAUGGGAGACAGUCAGAAUCCCAGGCUGCCCAGACUCCCCAGGGAACCGUCAUAGCAACGACGGCCAUGGCCAUGUUUGGUGUGGCCGCCAUGUUGCUGGUUGCUGUGGUGAGCACCGUGUACUUUGGCAGGCGGUACAGGAGAAGAGGCGACGAACGAGGGAUAGAGCUGGAGAGCCAAGGAGAGGAAUAAAAGCAAAUCAGCAACGCAGACUCUCCAUUUCUCUCUCCUCGAUAAACUGGGAAUGCAGAUCACAGCACAAUGCAAUUUCAGCAUGUUUCACACUAAUACAUUUCAAUACAAAAAUAAUUUGCA